AUGGUGGAAUCCAUUGCUGAGACUGUUACUAUCUCUGUCCGUCGUCCGACUGAUACCCCUACUAUCUUCGUCGCUGGUACCUUCUCGGAACCACAAUGGGAGCCAUUGGAGCUGAAUGUUAAGACGAUAGAGGUUGAAUCGGAACUAGACCCGGGCCUCUACUCGACCGAGUACCUUUUCUUCCGGGAUUUCAAGGUGGCUCCGGGGCAAUACCAGUACAGAUUCCGAGAAGGCGCGACUGGCUCCUGGUUUCACGAUGAGUCUGUAAAGAAUGCUUCUGGAACUGAGGGCCUGGUCAACAAUUACCUUACCGUCAAGCCUGCGGCCGAGCCGGAGACGCCCGUCCAGAAUGGUGUCAGUGACAAGGCGGAGGAGAGCACAAAAGAACCCGAGACGGAAGCUUCGACAAAGGCUGAGCCGGUAACGAAUGGCGUCCACAAGUCGAAUGGCGUCAAUGGAGUCGCUGAGCACGAUGCCCCGGUGGCUGACCAGUCUCCUGCCGAGGAUCAGAAGACCGAACAAGUUCUUGAAAAACCUGUCAAGACUGAUGCCAAAGCAGAGACUGAGACAGAGUCGAAGGAGGCUCUUUCCAAUGGCACCAAGGAGCCAGAAGUCAAUGGAACUGAACCCGCCGCGCAGACCUCCGAGAGCAAGGAGGAGCCCGUGGCCGAGGAGAAGUCGGAGCCAGUGGUAGAGAAGCCUGAGGAGAAGGUGGAUGUAUCUCAGCCCGUGGCGGAGAAGGAAGAAACUGAAAAGAAAACCGAAGAAGUUGCAGCCAUCCCUACUCAGGAGGACGAGGAGACGCCGGUUGUAAACGGCGAUGUUAAGGUCGAAGCCGAGAAGCAAUCAGAGGAAUCUCAGCCGCAAAAGGUUGCUGAAGAAGUAGUAGAUAAACCCGAGGAGCCUGUUGCUGAGACGUCCGCAUCUGAAGUCACGGCUGAGGAAACCCCCACUCAAGAGUCGACCCCCGAGAAGCCCACCAUCACCGAAUCUACUGCAACUGAAACCAUUACGGAGCAACCUGUUGUCGAAGCACAACCGACUGCGGAGGUGGAGGCCCCCGCCACAGAGCCCGCUGAGACAAAACAGGCGGAAGUUCCUUCUGAGGAGCCCGCCAAGGAAGAGCUAACCGCUGAAGAACCCAAGGAAGCUCCCGCCACGGAAGAGCCAGUAAAAGAAUCCGUUAAGGAGGAGACGGCACCGGAACAGCUCAAAGAAACAGUCUCCGAGAAGCCCUCUGCUGAAGAGCCCGUUAAAGAAGAGACCACCGAAGAGCUGAAGGAGACGUCCGCCACCGAGGAGCCAGCUGAGAAGCUCGACGAGUCGGAUAAUGCUCCUGUUCAAGAGGAGUCGGUGGCGGAAGAGCCUAAGGAGACGGUCAAAGAGCCUGUCAAGGAAGAGACAACCCCUGAAAAGUCGGAAGAAACGCCCGCCUCUGAAACAAUUGUAGCUGAGGAGCCCGCUGUCGAAGAACUGGUCGAGGAGAAGGCCGCCCUAGAAGACGCUAAGGAUACUUCCACCGCUGAACUAGCUGUUGCUGAAGAACCAGUGAAGGAAACUGCGAAGGAAGAGCCGGUCCCUGAAAAGUCUGAGGAACCUGCCGCCCCCGAACCAGUCACUACUGAAGAACCAGUUAAGGACACCGUUAAGGAAGAACCCGUUGCUGAAAAGUCUGAGGAGCCUGCUGCCCCUGAACCAGUCGUUGCUGAAGAACCGGUAAAGGAGCCUGUCAAAGAGGAGGCAGUGUCGGAGGCGCCUAAGGAGACACCUACUGAGGAGCCUGCCACUAACGACACUGCUGCUCAGGAUGAGCCGUCUACUGAGGAAAUUGUUGCUGAAACAGUGAAGGAGGUGCCGGUUUCCGAAGAGCCUAAGGAGACCCUGUCCACCGCAGCUCCGGAUGCUCAGGAAUCGGUUAUUCAAGAGCCCGCUACCGAAGCCUCUGCUACCGAAGAUGCCCCCAGCGAAUCGACGAAGGAGUCCGGUGUCGAGAAGACAGUGGAAGAGACAACCACCGAGAAGCCUGCAGCUGACGAUGUUGUAGUAGAGGAACCAGCGAAGGAGGCAGCAACAGAAAAGACCGAAGUUGAGAAGCCUGUCGUUGAAGCCCCUGUUGAGACAAGUUCCGAAGAACCGGCAAAGGAGUCCGUUCCAGAGAGCACUACGGCUGAAGCUGCUGCCGAAACGGAAGAAUCGAAACAGUCUGCCGAGGAGACCUCAGAGCCAGCUGCUAAGGAUGAAAAGGCGCCCGUUGAAAAGCCGGUGGAAGAGGCCAAGGCUGAGCCCGCCUCGGAAGAAGCCCUGAAGGAAGAGGUUGCUCAACCCUCCGUUGAGGAAAAACCCACCGAAGAGGCCGCAAAGGUGUCCCCUGCCGAAGAAAACGAGGUCGUUGCCGAAGCCACUAAGGAAGAGGAAGUUCCAGAGGAAGUCACUGCGAAAGCGCCUGUUGAGGUGGAGGCUACAACUAGUGAACCUGUCGUUGAAGAGCCUACACCCGAGAAGCCCGCCGUGGAAGAAACAACCACCGAGGAGCCCUCUAAGGACGUGACAAAGGAGGAACCUAUCUCUGAAGUGCCCGCUACUGAGGAUUCGACAACGAAGGAGGCAGCUGAGGAACCCGCCAAGGUGGUAGAAGAGCCUAUAACGGAAGAAAAGCCCGCUGAGGUGACCGAGCAAAAGACCACGGAGCCAGUCACUGAAGAAUCCAAGGAGACGAAGCCUGCUGUUGAGGAAGCGACCCCCGAAGAACCCGUUAAGGAUACCCCCGUCGCUGAGCAACCAGUUGAAUCCGAGCCCGCCCAGGAAGCUGAACCGGCGCAGCCAGUGCAGAGGAAGCCUACCCCUGAGGAACCUGCUGUCCAAGAGUCGCCUGUAGAGGAACCUGCUACUGCCAAGGAACCUGUCGCUGUCGAGCCUUCUACGGAGGAACCUGCUGCGGAACAGCCCGCCAAGGAAGCUGAACCCGUGAGUGAAGUGUUGACCACUGAAGAGCCUGUCACGAAGCAAGCAGCCGAAUCUGAGCCAGUUGAGCAGUCAGUGGUGGAAGAAACGCUUGUGGACGACUCUACUGAACAGCCAGCAACCGAGACCGUAGCUGAAGAAUCGGCCCCAGCCCUGACUGAGAAGCCUGUGGUUGCUGAGACACCUGCUACCGAGGAAGUCGUUGAAAAGGCCACUACCGAAGAGCCCGCGCAGGAGCCUGUCGCUGAUAAGUCUGCUGAGCAGCCAACUUCAUCGGAUGUGGUCGAGGAGACUGCUGAAUCUUCUAAGGCUGUUGUCCCCGAGGAAGUCACGUCGAAUGAGGUUGAGCCUACUGUCUCGCAGCUCCACGAAGAGAAGCCGGAAGAGGUGACUGAGCUACCUAAGGAGGAGACAGUUGCAGCUGAGACUGUGGCUGUUGAGAUCCCUGCAGAAGAGAAGGCCCCAGAGACCGAACCCGAGGUUGUACCCAAGGCUGAGAUUGAAGAGGCUGUGGCCAUUCAAAAGGAAGAACCUAGCAGCGAGCCAGCAGCAGCAGCCCCUGCUGAGGCCGAGAAGGAGGAGCCUUCAUCAGUUUCUUCUGGAGAGCCUCCUGUUGAGAAACAGAGCACUGAAACAGCUGAGGUUGUCCCUGAGGUUACGAAGGAGGAUGCCCCUGAACAGGAUGGAAAGGUUGGCGUCUCAACCGAGCUGAUUGGUGCGGCGGUAGCUGUUACCGCAGGCGCUGUUGCUGCUGGGGUGGCUAUCUCGUCCCACGAGGACAAGGAGCCAGAAACCGCGUCUGCGGCCAAGAGCUCCAAGUCUGUGGAAGAGUCUCAGCCCAACAAGGCUGAUAGCCCAGCUCCUGAGUCUCAACCACCAACCAGUAAGGAAACACCAUUGCCUGCUUCGAAGAAGCCUGAAGCUGAUAUCAAUGCACCACGUUCAGGAUCCGAAGAGCCAGCUGCGUCAACCAGUGAACCAUCCACUUCUGCUGAACCCGCUACGACGACGGAAACCACUGCUGACAAGGCCGUGGCUCAGAAGGAUGACACCUCUCGUUCUCCAAGCCAGACCCGGGCUGUUACUCUCAGCAACGCCAAGAAUGACGGCUGGUUGAAGGUCAUCCUUCGCGCCGUCUUUGUCAACUUCUUUGGAGCCAUCUUCUCUCCUUUCCGCCGUCGCCCCAAGAGCGACCAGUAA